AUGGGAGGUUCUGCUCAAGCCGACAUCGAAGAAAUCCACCUCGAGAAAAACGACGACGCCGGAGCUUCUUUCGUUCUCCAGUCCAAGGGGGAGUGGUGGCAUGCGGGUUUCCACCUGACGACAGCUGUCGUGGGGCCCACGAUACUCACUCUGCCGUACGCUUUCCGGGGGCUCGGUUGGAUGCCCGGGUUCCUCUGCCUCACGGCCGUGGGGGCCGUGACUUUCUACUCGUAUUAUCUCAUGUCGUUGGUGCUGGACCACCGUGAGAAGGGUGGUCGCCGCCACAUACGAUUUCGGGAGCUCGCGGCCGAUGUCUUGGGAUCUGGGUGGAUGUUCUAUUUGGUCAUAUUUAUUCAGACAUCAAUCAAUAUUGGCAUCUGCAUAGGAGUUCUUCUGUUUGCAGGGGAAUGCCUCCAGUUUCCGAGCUUCCAUUCGUUGAGGCAUAUUAACCUCGGCUCGCUUUUUUUGAGCAUGGGCUACACUUCUCUUGUGGUGGUCGCGUGCAUUAGCGCAGGUACCUCAACAAAUGCGCCUCAAAGGGACUACUCUUUAGAAGUAUCUGAAUCAUCUAGGAUUUUCAGUGCGUUCAAUUCUAUAUCCAUUUUGGCUGCCAUUUUCGGCAAUGGUAUCCUACCCGAAAUACAGGCAACGUUGGCUCCUCCGGCCACUGGCAAAAUGGUGAAAGGCCUAAUUAUGUGCUACACUGUAAUUUUCAUGACCUUCUACUCCGCUGCAGUUUCCGGGUAUUGGGUGUUUGGUAAUAAAUCGAACUCCAACAUUCUCAAAAACUUGAUGCCGGACGAGGGGCCUCCCUUGGCUCCUGUGUGGGUUUUGGGCCUCGCCAUCAUUUUCAUCCUCCUUCAGCUUUUCGCCAUCGGCUUGGUCUACUCUCAAGUAGUUUACGAGAUCAUUGAAAAGAAAUUUGCAGACGUGAACCGAGGCAUCUUCUCCAUGCGAAAUCUGAUUCCGAGAAUCAUUCUUCGUUCGUUGUACGUUACAGUAUGUGGGUCCAUUGCGGCUAUGCUUCCUUUCUUUGGAGACAUUAGUGCCAUUGUGGGUGCAGUCGGUUUCAUCCCACUCGAUUUCGUGCUGCCGAUGCUCAUGUACAACAUGACUCAUAAACCGACCAAAAAGUCGUUAGCUUAUUGGGUUAAUAGCUCGAUUAUCAUUGUUUUCACAUGCGUUGGGCUCGUGGGGGCAUUUUCUUCGACGAGGAAGCUGGUUCUUGAUGCUAAAGAGUUCAAGCUCUUUAGCAAUGAAGUUGUUGAUUGA